CAUCUUCUUCUGCAUGAUGAUCCGGAGAAUGGCACCGGCAACUUUAGUGUAGAAUUGUUGUUGCCAAGCUCCCAGGCUUUACGUCUUAUGAUCUGACGAAGAGUGCAGGCAAUUUUUGGCGCACAAUUUAUGAUGACGAGCUCCAGCUUGGGUGACCUAUUCAUUUGGCUUAGGCAUGUUUGGUUUCGUAAGGUACAGAAGACUUGUAUUCUUUGUGGAGAGCGUGAUGGCAUAUAAGCAUGGAUAGAACUCCUAGAUGGAAUAUAGACAGGAAAAUUAAGGAUGAUUAUCAUUUCUUGGUGUGAAUUAAGAAAAACAGUGUGAACUGCGUAUAUUUCGAAGAAAGUUAACAAAGCUAUAAGCCAACUGGAAUCAUUUGUCAUUUUCUUGCUCUUUUAAGAGUGUAGGUCGGUCAAAAAAGUACAAGCUGCAACCAUUCCAGUGAAUUUGAAGGAGAUACAUAUAAAUGGUGAUGUAUCAUAUGCAAGCUCAAUACUCUACAGCUACAGCCGUAUAGGGUAAGCUAUGUCUGUGCUCUCUCUUUCAGAAGUUCAGUCUGCUGGGGAACCUACCAUUGGAACAAAGGCAGCGGAAAGCAUUCUUGGGGAACCAAGCCUAUUGCCUGAAGGCUUCUCAAGACAACAGAAAAUGGAGAAAUCUUCACAUGCUAUCCUUGAUGUUGAUGUUACUCCAAUGGAAAUUUGUUGUGCUCAACAAAUACCUAUAUCUGAAUUUGAUCAGUUCAAUGGAAGUCAUUUUGGAAAUGGGAGGUCACCGGGACUUGCUUCUGUUCCUUGCCCGACUUCAUGUGAAAAAGCAUUAGGAAUUCAUGUUAUUGGUGAUUUAUUGCCAAAAAUAGUACCUCCCCCAUCUUUGCAUGGAAACGGAGAACUAAGAAAUGAGCAAGAAGGGAAUGCUAGCAUCCUGAAAGCUGAUUUACCUAAGUUGGAAAGAGGUAAUUUCUUGUCAAAUGGUUUUUCAAAUACGGAGAAUUCUUUUCCGAAAGAAAAAUUGUGCAUAGAUGGUAUCAGACAUCUCCAAAACAAAGAGUUGCGUUUCUUGUUUGAUUCUAAGAAUGGUAAAAGAGGUAGAUGUGGGGGAGAAGGAAAACUACAAUCAGAAAACAGUUUAUUUGAUUCUGGCAAGGAUGAGAUUAUUCUGGAAGAUGGCAAGGGAAAUGAAAUAAAUAAAAGCAAAGGGAUUGUGACUGCAUUUUCUAAUGAUAGCUGCAUUCUGAGUGAUACUUCCAAUUCUUAUUCUGAAGAUAAUGGGCUUCAAAUCGCAUGUGGAGAAGAUUUUGAAAAAGGCACUUUGACUGCAGAGGAUAGAAAUGGUAAUAUUUUGAAGAUGGAAGAAAAUGUUCACGAGAGUGGACACAAAAAUUUAGGAAAAGUAUACCUAGAUGAACAUCAAACUCUGCCACUUUGGAUAAAGUGGAGAGGAAAGUGGCAAACAGGAUUUAGAUGCCCCACAGUUGAUUGCCCAUUGUCAACUUUGAGGGCCAAACCUACUCAUGAAAGAAAGAAAUAUGUUUCCAUUUUUUUCCCUCGAACAAAGACAUAUUCAUGGGUAGAUAUGCUGCUAGUUUGUCCAAUCGAAGAGUUUCCAGAACCGCUUGCUUAUGGAACUCAUUGUAGUUGGAGAAAAUUAGUAAAGGAUUUGAGCACCCCACGUCGGUAUAUCAUGCAAAAACUUGCUGUUGCAAUGCUAAAUAUCAGCGACCAGUUACAUACAGAGGCUGUCAUUGAGGAUGCUCGUAGGACUAUAGCAUGGAAGGAAUUUGCUAUGGAAGCAUCACUUUGCAGAGCCUAUCCUAGUCUUGGAAAAAUGCUUUUAAAGCUUCAAAAAAUGAUACUUCCACGUUAUAUUAGUAAAGAUUGGCUGGAAAAUUCUUUUAAUUGCUGGAUGCAGAGAUGUCGCAAUGCAUCAAGUGCAGAAUCCAUUGAAAUUCUAACUGAGGAAAUGGUGGAAUCUGUUCUAUGGAGUAAGGUGGAUGAGCUUUGGAAUGCACCUGUGCAGCCUGAAUUAGGCCCUGAAUGGAAAACAUGGAAACAAGAAGCAAUGAAAUGGUUUUUUGUUUCACAUGUACGAGCUAGUGCUCAGAAUGUUGAACUUAAUACCUCUGACAUUUCUGUGGAGGAACCCCAAACUUGCCGGAAACGUGUAAAGCUUGAAAUUCGCCGACCAGAAACAUCUGCUUCUAAAAUAGAAGUUCUUGAUUGUAAAAGUCAAUCCCACAUAAAAAGCCUGGAUAAUAACUGUAGACAAGUCAUCUCUGAAGACCUUUCUGAGUUGCCUUUAAAUUGUGAACCUCAUAAAAUGGUGGCACUUCCUAGAGUAGCUGCAGAAACAGGCUCUGGCAACAUGCUUGUUCGAGGGAAUGAGGCUUCAUUUGAAGGCAAAAGUGUAGGGCAUCAAAGUACGGUUGGCACAUCUACAGAUGGCGCAUUAUGCAAGGAAUUAAUUAUACAUUCUCCUCAUCACCUGGACUCUUCAAAUAGGUAUCGGCAAUGCCUAGCUUUCAUAGAAGCUAAGGGAAGACAAUGUGGAAGGUGGGCAAAUGAUGGUGAUGUCUACUGCUGUGUACACUUGACUUAUCAUUCUGUUAGAAAACACCCUAAGAUUGAUCAAAUGCUUCCUAGUGAAACUCCAAUGUGCCAGGGCACAACCACACAUGGUAAUAAAUGUAAACAUAGAGCUCGAUACAACUCAACAUUCUGCAAGAAACAUUGGUUUCAGGGAAAUCAGAGCUCAAUGACAGCAGGUGCUCUCUUGUUAUCAUCUGAUGACACGUCCGAAAGAAAACAAGAAGAAGUUCAAGUUCCAGGAAAUCUCUCUUGUUUAAAUUCAACUAGUGGCCAUGAAUUUAGUUUGAUGAGAGAACCUAUAAGUUCCACAGAGGAAAACCUCAUUCCAAUCAUAAUAGAAGAAACGCUGGACGAAAGGAAUUGCUUGAUGAGGCAAUCAGAACUUUGCAAUGCACUGCCUACUGGCAAAGGAAUUUGUUCAGAGAUUCAAAACUGCAUUGGACAUUAUAGCCACAGAAAUGGUGGACAGUGCCAAGAAUUUCCGAGGAAGCACACCUUGUACUGUGAGAAGCACCUUCCCAGAUUUCUUAAGCGUGCAAGAAAUGGUAAAAGUCGGCUAAUAUCUAAAGAUAUUUUUAUCAAUCUUCUGAAAAGUUGCUCCUCAAGAAAACAAAAAUUAUGUCUCCAUCAAGCAUGUGAACUUCUUUAUGGAUUCUUGAAAAGUGGCUUAUCCUGUCAAAAAUUUAUUUCAAGGGGUGACAAUGUGGCAUGGAUAUUAGCUGAGGCCUCUAAAGAUGUAAAUGUUGGAGAGUACUUACUUAAGUUGGUUACUUGCGAAAGAGAGAAAAUUAUGGGGUUAUGGGGUCUUAAAUAUGAUUUAGAUAAGCAUGCGUUCUCCAAAGAAAUUAACUCCUUGUCCACAAUGAACCAGGAUUCCCAUAUGACCCUGAAAUGCAGGAUGUGUUCUGCUGAGUUUUCUGAUGAUCAUAUGCUUGCUAGACAUUGGACUGAAGUCCACAAAAAAGAAGCUCGACGCUUGUUCAAAGGAUAUGCUUGUGCAACUUGCAUGAACUUAUUUAACAACCGAAAAGUACUAGAGACACAUGUGAUUGAGAAACAUGGAGUGCAAUUUCUCGAGCAUUCAAUAGUAGUCAGGUGUGUACGUUGUAGCAGCCAAUUUGUGAGUCCUGAGAAAUUGUGGCAGCAUGUUUUCUCAUUCCAUUUAUCUGAAUUAAGGUUACCAGAUUUUAAUUCAAGUAAUUGUAUCUUGUCAGAAGAUAAAGCAACCCAGACAAUGCUGGGAACCACAAUUAAUCUAUGCCAAAAUAAGAGCGUACUUAAGAAAGAAGAUGACUCACGAAAAUAUAUUUGCCGGUUUUGUGGUUUACAAUUUGAUCGCCUCCCAGACCUCGGUCGUCACCAUCAAAUUGCUCAUACGACAUCAUAUUCCGCUAGCCAUUUCCCAGCAAAGAGAAGGAAUUUUUUUCUCAAACGCACCAAAUCUAAUCAUUCUAGAUUCUGGAAAAAAUUUGGGUCCUCAUUCAGAUUCAAGAAUCAGAGUAACUGUGUGAUACUAGAAAACUUUCAGUCUUCCAGCUCGGUGUCCCAAAUGAAGCCAACAUUGUAUAAGCAGCCAUCAGAAGUGCUUGAUUUUGGAGGAUUAUCAGAAUCUAAUUGUUGCAAUGUUGCAGAGACAUUGUUUUCUAAGAUACAAAGAGCAAAACAACGACCGAGUAAUUUGGAGAUUCUAUCUUUUGCACGUUCUGCUUGUUGCCGGACCAGCCUUGAUGCUGCGCUAGUUGAGUUUGGGGUAUUGCCUGAGAAUAUUUAUUUAAAAGCAGCAAAACUUUGCAGUGAGUUGAAUAUUCAAGUAGCUUGGCACCAGGAGGGGUUUAUUUGUCCAAGAGGAUGUAAGCCUGUUACAAAACCUUAUUUUUUAGCUCCUCUAAAGUCUCUCCCAUCCUUGGUUGUUGAACCUCCUCAAUUAGAAUCCGGGAAUGAUGUCAAGUGGGAGAUGGAUGAAAGCCACUAUGUUUUAAGUGCUGAAAAUUUUGACUGGAAACAAAGGCGAGAUUCCAUAGUUCUAUGCAAAGAUGUGAGCUUUGGCAAGGAAGCGAUUCCAGUGGCUUGUGUAGUAGAUGAGAAUCUUAAGCAUUUGCUUACAACUGAUGUUAGCGAAGAUUCUUGUACCCAAAAACCUUGGUUAUCUAUGCCUUGGCUGGGUUAUACUUAUGCUACUGAAAGAUUGAUUGAUCCAUGUCUUAGCCUUGAUGCAAAGAGUUCACAGCUGGGGUGUGCUUGUCAACAGUUGAAGUGUUAUCCUGAAAAUUGUGAUCAUGUCUACCUCUUUGAUAAUGAUUAUGAUAACGCUGUUGAUAUUCAUGGUAAUUUAAUGCAAGGAAGAUUUCCGUAUGAUGAGCAAGGAAGAAUUCUGCUAGAGGAAGGGUACCUUGUUUAUGAGUGCAACUCCAUGUGCAGCUGUGAUAUGACAUGUACGAAUAGGGUUUUACAGAAAGGAAUACAAGUUAAGCUGGAAAUAUUUAGAACAGAAAAAAAGGGUUGGGCGGUGCGGGCUGGGGAAGUCAUAUCACGUGGCACGUUUGUGUGUGAAUACAUCGGAGUUCUUAAUACAUCAGUGCCGCAUAAAAGCAUUGAGUGCAGCUACCUUUAUGACAUUGAUGCGCAUAUUAAUAGUGCAAGUGGUUUGAGCGAAGGGACGGUACCUUGUGUAAUUGACGCUUCCAAAUAUGGGAAUGUAUCAAGGUUUAUAAACCACAGCUGUUCUCCCAAUCUUGUAAAUUAUCUGGUCCUGGUAGAGAGCAUGGAUUGCCAGCUAGCUCACGUUGGUCUCUUUGCAAACCGUGAUAUUGCAUUGGGUGAAGAACUAGCCUACGAUUACCGCUUUAAGUUGUUACCAGGUGAAGGCCUGCGCUGCCAUUGCGAAGCUCUGUGUUGCCGAGGUCGUGUAUGUUAAUCUGUGAUCAAUUAACUCCAAAUUGAAGUUAAUUGAUUGUGUUGGAGCUUGGCUUGACUUCAGGAAUGAAUAUUUUUUUAUUCUUUGUCAGAGAUUUAAGAUGCUUUCUUCAAGCUUAUCAAGGAAAAUUGCAUGGGUAGCAGAUGCUGGCUCCUUGUAGGCACAGCUUUUUUUUUUCUUUUUUAAUUUUUGUUGUAGUGACAUUCCUUUGGCGAAUGCAAUUUGGAUGCUAAAUUGGCAGCCCGAUUCAAUUUGUUCUGUUCGCAACUGCUGCAUCAUUAUAUUUGAUUUUCUGAUCCAUUUAUUGAAAAAAAGAACAUAAAAUAUUGUUCAAAACAAGUUUCAGGAACCUUUCCUCA